AUAUCCCAAUACAUUAUAUUUCCUGAAAAUGGCGGCGAUCAGCAGAGAAAACGCUCGUCCGCCCUUCCUCACGGCGCUUUGCGUCCUGUUCUUCGCCGCUCAACUUCUCGUCUGCUGCGCUGCCAAGAAAAACGUGGCCAUUCUGACCGAAGACAACUGGACGUCCAUGCUGGAGGGAGAAUGGAUGGUGGAAUUCUAUGCCCCAUGGUGUCCAGCCUGCCGUAACCUGCAGUCCACCUGGGAGGAAUUUGCAGACUGGGGAGAGGACCUGGAGAUCCAGGUGGGCAAGGUGGACGUGACCGAGGAGGCAGGACUGAGUGGCAGGUUUGGUGUUACCUCUCUGCCAACCAUCUACCAUGUGCUGGACGGUGAGUUCCGUAAGUACACCGGCUCUCGCACCAAGGAUGACUUCAUCAGCUUCGUGGACGACAAGAAGUGGGAGAAGGUGGAGCCUGUAGAGUCGUGGAAGGCUCCAAACUCUUUCCUCAUGUCCUGUGUGUCUUGGCUUUUUAAGAUCUCAAUGGCUGUCAGGACCGUACAUACCAGCAUCACAGAGGACUAUGGUAUUCCUGUGUGGGGCUCCUAUUGUCUAUUUGCUGCUGUCACAAUUGUCGCAGGCCUUCUCAUAGGAAUGGUGCUGGUGUUCAUCACAGACUGCCUGUGCCCGGCGGCGCCGCCCAAAGGCUUCUACGAACCCAUCCAGAUGGACAUGCCCCCGACUAAGGUGAAGAGGGAAGACAGACCAACCACAGAGGAGCCAGGGGAGGAGGAGGAGGAAGAGGAGGAGGAGGAAGAUGAUGAUGGGGAUGCGGAAGAGGACAAUGAUGCCAACAUCAGGAAAAGGAGGGUGAAAGCAACGGCUGAAUGAUGAUGUACAUUUUUGUUCUGUUGUUUUUAUCAGCUCGUCCCCAUCACAGUCUUUUGCAGGCUGAAUAGUAGAAAUAGGCCUAAAAAGAAUGUAGCUG